GGAUGACAUCGAGAUGGAAGAGAUACGGCAGCAGCAUAGGGUGAUGAUGCAGGAGAGGCGUGAAGCGGAGGAAAAGAGAAGGGCAGAAGAACGAAGAAACUGCACGAGGAAAACGAGAGAAGACGCGAACAGGAUAUGGUCCGACGUACGGAAGAAAUCAGGCUUCAACUAGAAGCGGGACUUGAGGAGAAGUGGCGGCAGCAGACAAAGCAAGUGGUAGAAGCCGCCGCAACGGCGAAGGCAAAAGCGGAGGAGGCGAGAGCCAGGGCUGAAGAGGCGCAUGCCAAGGCGGACGAGGCACAGGCGAAUUUUGAGAAGGCUAGAAUCGAGAAGGUGAGGAUGAGUGUGCGCAGGACACGGGAUACACCGGCGGACUCGAGUAGGAAGAGAGUCAGGGAGUACGUAUCCGAAGAAGUGACCUCGGAGGAUUCAGAUUCGGAUGGCGACACCACUGACUCCGACGAAGAGCUGAGGAGAACUAUUGAACGUUUGAAGAUGGAGAAAAGAGCGAGAAAGUCGGGGAAGAGGGGAAGAUCGAAGAAACGGGAAGAUCUGGCGAAUGAGAAGACACCUUACAAGACACCUGACAAGAUUCAGUCCACGACGGAACGGGUAGAAUGUUCGAAAGGGAAGGCACGAACAAGGUGUAAUCGAGAGGAUAUGGAAGACUUUUUGAGGAAUACAAACGACAUUGGGUGCGGUUUCGGGGAACCAUGGGAUGAGAUCAAUCAAUGUCGGGGCUCACCGAGGAUGGGAGGAAUAAGGUUCAACAUACCGAGGGGCGACGGUGAGAUGCGGGCAGAUGAACCAAGGACACCAAUGGAGAAAGGCUACAAGGGUUUGGCGGCAAAAUGUUCCAGGGAAGAGAUCACCGCGAGUUUGGAUCUGAAGGAAGACGGUGUUUACAUCGUGGCGUCGCCAUGGUCUAAAAAGGUUUACGUGGGUAGUACAAUCCGGAGCACCAUGCAGAGAUGGCGUGAGCAUCUGAGCAACGCUGACACCGAGGUCAUCGGGAGUUCACCGGAACUGUACCGAUGGAUGCGCCAUUACGGUCCGGGCAAUUUCGUGAUUAUCCCCGUCAGACACGCGAAUGAAGAGGAUGAUCGGGCCUUCAAGAGACACCUCAUACAGGAUUUUUCGCCUUCACACAACACGUGCAACACUAGUAAUCGAGGGACGGGUAAGACUCGGAACAGGAGGAAAGGUAAGUGGGAGAGGAAGAGGUUGAAAACAGGACAGCGUGAGAGGAAGGGCGUCGUGCGUUUCAUGCACGGAAGAGCGUACGAACGGAGGGUAUCGCUGAAGACCUGGUUGGAAGAAGAAUGGAUAAAGAACACGAAGGGCGAGAGGAGGGUGCAGUUCCACGGGGGAGAGAUCUGGUGGGACGGGUGGAGGGAGAUUAAGAGGCUUUUCGGGAUGACGAAAGUGAGGAUUAAUGGGAGGGUGAAGAAACUUUCUACGAUCAAGGGGGAACUACAGCAAGGAUUGACGGUGGUGUUCAUCGGGAUCACUAAGACAACGACGACAAUGGCUACGUACAUGCGAGAACUGAGGUGGAUGCUCAAGAAACCGAUAUUAUUCAAAAAGAUGGUGAGCUAUACCACCAACCAACUGGUGGAAAUGUACCGGGCGGCAGGCUUCUUCAGAGAGAAGAAGACCAAGAAUGAUUUGAGACUAAAGAUCGACAGGGCGGUGAAGAAGAAGACAGGGGUAGGCAUACGGAAGAGGGUACAAGUGAAGGUCACGUACGAUAAACAGUUGGUGAAGAGGGAGAUAAGACAGGCGACAGAGGGUGUGGUGGGAAGAAAGGUGAAGGAUGCAGCCAUCGCUAAUCAGAUUAAAGGAAGGGUUAAGGUGUCCAGGAGAGGAAGAAUGUGUACGCUGAGCAAGACCCGCAGGGUGACGGAUGGCUAUGUGGACAUCCGCUUCGAGAGUAUUUUUGCAAUGGUGGAGUACGAUCUCAACAAUGCGUAUGCCAACUGCGGGCAGGUGAUGAGGAGACAUAUAUCCGGAAUCCCCAUGGGGAAAUGUAGUAGCCCGAUCCUGGCCACCAUUACUUGUGCGAUGGCAGAGUUCGAUAUGCUGAAGGGGCUGGCCUCAGAUCGGAAGUUGGUCGGCGGAUGGAGGAUCGUAGAUGACAUCAUGGUGGUGGAGGGAAGGCAGGCGGGAGGGAGGAGUUCGAAUGAUGAGGUUUUCGGGAAACUAGAGACCAGCUAUGAUGAAAAACUGACUCUGGUUAGAAAGGACAGAGGGAAGGACUGGUGGCAUUUUCAGGGCGGAUCAUUUUACCUGCUGCAACAACCAGUGAGACAGAUGUUCGUCCUGGGGACGAAGAACCUGGUAACACUACGGGAGACUGCCAGUAUCAGGUAUCAAACGAUGCAGGACUAUGCAUUGUACUCUGAGAAAAGGUCAAAGAAGUCUACGCUGGAAGCCACCCUGAAGAGAUUGUGGAGCUCGACUUCAUGCCAGGUCUUGGUCAUUGGCUCGAUAGCCUAUACGCUGUGGGAGGCAUACCUCCGGGGCAUAGCCCCGGAGGUCUCUCUAGGUGCCUUGGCCAAAUUGGUCAAGGCUACGAGUGAUCCGAAUCUGCGAUGUCUACUGCAGAUGUUGAGCAAAGGGUUCCUGCGGAGGAGACGGGGGGUAACGGGUACCAGUGGUCCGGGGUACGAGGUCGGAGGGUACGGGUAGGAGGUAGUGGAUAAGGGGUACCAAGGGAGUUAGGGACAGGGAUGGUGAAUAGGAAAAUGCUGGCAAUGGGAUUAAGCGGGGUUUGUCACGAG